UGAAGAAGAAGCUAGCCGCAGCUAGAAAUAAACCGCAAUAAUAUUUCCACGCCGGAGCUAACGGUCCACGUUUCUGCUUUUAAAACCAACGAACCCGUUGAACGGCAGUCUGAAUAUUUUGACCCGUUUAAUGACACCUUUCACACAUUUGUUUUACCGUCAGCUCACACACUUACAGACACCGAGCCGUACAUGCACAGGCACAGACAGGUAGCUAACCAGUUAGCUCCUCCCGAAAGCUAGGCUAGUUAGCUAGCUGCUGAGCUAACUGAGCAGAAUGGAUCUUUUCGACGACCUGCCAGAACCGACACAGACCUCCGGUCCAGUCUCUGCAGUGGUCACAGCUCAACCACAAUCCACCAAAGAAGAAGAAGAAGAAGAGGUGGAGAAAAGAUUGAAACGAAAAAGAGAAGAUGCAGAGUGUGAUAAAAAGGGGGAGGAGGAGGUCAAAAAAUUUUGUAAAGAAGGCCUCCCCGUGCUGAAAGGCUAUGUAGCCGCAAGGCGAGGCGAGCGGGAGGAGAUGCAGGAUGCCCACGUGGUGCUGCCAGACAUGAGCAGCUAUCUGUCCACUUUGCCAGGACAAGUAUCUAAUGUUUCGUACUUUGCUGUGUUUGACGGUCACGGUGGAGCUCGAGCCUCUCGGUUUGCUGCAGAGCAUCUCCACCACAAUCUGGCCAAGAAGUUCCCCAGUGGAGAAACGGAGAACGUGGACAAGCUCAUAAAGAAAUGUCUCCUGGACACUUUCCGCCAGACAGAUGAAGACUUUCUGAAGAAAGCUUCUAGCCAGAAGCCAGCAUGGAAGGACGGCACCACAGCCACCUGUGUGCUGGUGGUGGAUGACAUGAUAUAUGUGGCCAAUCUGGGAGACAGCAGGGCCGUGUUGUGUCGGAUGGAGGCGACAUCAGGAGCAGACGGACAGAGGAGGUCGGUGACUCUCGCUCUCAGUAAAGAACACAACCCAACCAUCUAUGAGGAGAGGAUGAGGAUCCAGAGGGCAGGAGGCACCGUUAGAGAUGGCAGGGUGCUGGGUGUCCUCGAAGUGUCUCGGUCUAUCGGAGAUGGUCAGUACAAACGCUGUGGAGUCAUUUCAACCCCCGACGUGAGGAGGUGUCAGCUCACAGCCAAUGACAGGUUUAUCAUCCUCGCCUGUGACGGGUUGUUCAAAGUGUUUUCUGCUGAUGAAGCUGUUAAAUUCGUCCUCAACGUCCUGCAGGAAGGGAGUGUGGAGCCGAAGCCGGGGCUGACGGACAAGGAGGUGAGGUUUGAAGCUGCUUGCCAACAGUUGGCCAGUGAGGCGGUGAGGCGGGGCUGUGCCGACAACGUCACUGUGAUCCUGCUCUCUAUUGGCUUCUAAACACACACACACACAAACAUCUGGCUAACCUCCUUGAUGUCUCGUCUGUUUUCCAAUAAAAAUGUUUCUCUUUA